AUGUAAACAAACACCCGCUAGGAUGUUGACCCUGACCUUUACGGAUUUCAAGAUGGCUGCCACGCAGUUUAUUGCGUCUUUAGUUGGCGAGAAUUUGAUCUUACAGACGGCUCUGGUCCUCUUACUGGUGUUCUUGGUGACGUCAUGGUUCUUCAGCAGACCUAAGAACCUUCCACCUGGCCCAAGAGGAUUACCUUUUGUCGGUAAUAUCUUGUCUCUGGCGAUGGGCCACCGCUUUCUGACGAUGACCGAAUGGGCGAAGACGUACGGACCUGUCUACCGGAUACAGCUCGGGAGGGAAACGGUGGUUGUGCUCUCCGGAUAUGACGUCAUACAGGAGGCACUGGUGAAGAGAGGAGAAGAUUUUUCCAACAGACCAGCUAACUCAAUAGUCAAACUAAUGUACCCAAAGAUGCUAGGUAUUAUCAUGGCUCCUUUCGGCACUCCGUGGAAAGAGCACCGGAAAUUUACUCUGGUGUCUCUGAGAGAGUUCGGCUUUGGAAAGAGGAGUUUGGAGGGAAAGAUCUUCGAGGAGUCAGUCGCUCUACAAGCAGAAAUCAUAAAAAUGGGGAACAAACCGUUCGACAUUAGCCGCAUGGUCCAGAAUGCCGUCACUAACGUGAUCUGCUCUAUCGUGUUCGGAUCCAGGUUCGAAUACAACGACGACAAGUUCAUACACUUGAUGGAAAAUCUUAACCGACUAUUUGCCACCAACCUUUUAAGCCAACUGGCCAUCUUUUUUCCCUUCUUACGACGUGUUCCAGGAAUGGGACGUGGUCCACAAGAUAUACUAGACGCUGUGGGUACUAUUCAAGCCUACAUAAGAGAAGAAAUUGACUCCCACAGGAAGACAUUCGAUUCCAAUGAUAUCCGGGACCUUAUCGACUCGUACGUUAGAGAAACCAAAUCUCGCGAGAACGACGACGAGACCACAUUCACUGAGGAGUACACACAAUGGGUGAUAUUUGACUUGUUCAUAGCCGGGGCAGAAACCACCUCCACUACUCUGUACUGGGCGUUUCUGUACAUAAUCCUUAACCCGGACAUCCAAGAAAAGGUUCAAGAGGAGAUCCACACCGUUCUCGGACACGACAAGCCACCGUCCACCGCCUACCGUGCCCAGAUGCCGUACACUGAGGCCGUCCUGACCGAGGUGGCUCGCAUCGGCAGCGUUGCGCCAACAAGCAUCGUCCACGCCACGUCACGUGACACCAGUUUCCAUGGUUACCUCAUUCCAGAAGGCACUACGGUGAUGCCCAACCUGUGGUCCGUCCACCAUGACCCGGAACAUUUCCCGAACCCCUUGAAGUUCGAUCCCGGCCGCUUCUUGGACGCUCAGGGACAGUACCAGAGGGACGACCACGUCAUGCCGUUUGGUAUCGGUCCGCGCAUUUGCCUGGGGAAGCAGCUAGCAGAGAUGGAGCUCUUCGUGUUCUUCACUUCUCUGCUGCAGCACUUCAGUUUCAAACUGCCAGAGGGCGCUGCCAAGCCUUCCUCCACCGGGAUCAACGGUAUCACCCAUUCGCCCAAGAAUUUUGAACUCGUAGCUGAGGCACUGGUUUAGGGUACCGCAACUAAUUAUUUAUUUUACAUUUUGCCGUGUUGAGUACAAGUGACAAAGAUAAACAUACAAUUAAAAGUAGCAUAGAUCUAAUCUAUCGAAGAGUUUCGACUUCUUCUUGUUAAUGGUGAAAAUAUACGACUAUGUGUGUUUAUCUACAAUCUAUGCUAAAGUGCACUUCGUCUUCUACAGUGUUUGAGAUUAAAAAAAAUGAUAGAUGCUUUGUUUUGGAGUGCGCUUGUGCCUUCCAGAUUUAAUUCGCAAUUUUUGACGAUGGUAGUUGUGUACCUUAUACAAUCAUGUACUAGUCAUUUUCAAAUAUCGGCCUUCAUUGUAAGUGGCCUUGAGUGAUCUGUGCGUUUUUUUUUGCAGUUGUGGUUUG